UCAAAAUUCCCCGUCCGUCUCGCCGUAGAACCGAGCCGCCCAUGGCGUCCUCCCAGAUCCCCGUCGUCGACAUCCCCGACGACGACGACGACGACCUCGCCUCCGCCGGCGCGUUCUCCUCCCCUCCCUCCUCGCGCAAGCGCUCCCAUGGCUCCGCCGCCUCCACCACCUCCCCCGCGGACUUCCUCGACGCCUUCUCGCCGUCCCCUCCCCGCCAGAAGCGGCUGCAGCUCGCGGCGGGGGACCCCAUCGUCCUCGACGACACCCCGUCCCCGCCGAAGCGGAGGACCUCCUACUCCUCGGGCGCCGAGCUGCCGGUCCUCGUGGUGGACGAUGACGAUGACCCCUCGGCCCCCGAUGGCAUUGUUACUGAGACGCCCGAUUCCGUUCUCGACCGGAUCGCUUUCUCCGAGACGCCGGAGACGGCUGUGCCCGCUUCUGCCAGCCUCGGCACUGUUGUCGCGGAGACCCCGGGCUUCACCUCCCCACGCUCGGUCGGGCCGCCUGCUGCCCGCGGCCUGUCGUCUGCUGCGCCGGCACACAAAUUAUCUGGAGUUUCUUCUCUGAUAUCUCUGGACAGUGAUGAUGAGUCGGAUGAUGACACCAUGCACAGGGAGCCUUUGAUCGAUUUGUCAAGCAAUAUAGAAAAUUCUGAUCCUGUGGGUGCACUUGGGUCAACGGUCUGUACUGGCAAAGUGGAUAAUGGGCGAGGCACAGCCACAUGUACAAGAAUGACAGAAAUGAAGGAGCGGCAAAAGAAUGAUGCUCAACACACUGAAGCGGAGAAAAAACAACUGGAAGGGAAGAAACUGAGCAAGGAGGAGAAAGCCAAGCUGAUGGAAGAAAGAAAGCAAAAACGACAGGAAGAUAAACUUCACAAGCAAGCUAUGAAAGAUCAACUGGCUAAGCAGAAGAAGAAGAACAAAGAAAUUAAGGAGUGGGAAUCAGGGAAAUUUGCUCUAAAAUGUAUUACUGCUGAGAUAGACUCAAGUAUCGUUGAAAGUGGCUCGAUUGGAGGUUGUCUUCUUUCUAGUUUGGCAGAAAAAGGGCUUUCUUAUAAAGUUACUAAGAACUUUUUUAGGGGUUCAAUUUUGUGGAGUAUGAAGAUUCCUGAUGAUAUUGCUCAUGCCCUUUUUAGUCAAAAUGAUGACUGCGACACGAAUCAAGCUUCAGCAUCAGAAGUGCCAUAUAUUUCUUUUGUGCUUCAAGCUGAGGAAUUUUGUGGUCUUAUAAGCAACAAAUCAUUUUUUCCUCAUGUUCAGGAAGUUCGUAAUAAAUAUCCAAGAUUCACCAUUUGCUACAUCACGAACAAAUUGAUGAACUAUAUCAACAAAUGUGAGCAAAGUCAGUACAAAAACAAUUCAAUUACUUGGAAACGUCCACCAGUGGAAGAGGUUUUAUGCACAUUGGCAACACACUAUACCAAUGUCCACUCAAGGCAGUGCAUAGAUGAAGCUGAAGUUGCUGAGCAUCUUGUUGGCUUGACAUCUAAUCUUGCAAAGUGCAAAUUCAGGAAACCAUUGACAUGGUUAUCAGUGCAUGCUAAUGGUGCGAUUAUUUCUAAAGGUUUUGUUGACAAAAAUCUGGCUAAGAAGGACACUUGGUUGAAAGCUUUGAUAGCGAUUCCUGACAUCCAGCCAAGAUAUGCAAUGGCAAUCAAGAAGAAGUACCCUUGUAUGAGAUCCCUUCUGAACGAAUACAUGGAUCCUAGUAAAACUGUUCUGGAGAAGGAACUUCUGCUUAGCGACUUGAAGUGGGAAGAUCGCCUCGGUGAAGAAUGCAAGAGGUUGGGGAACAAAUGCUCUAGAAGGGUGUACAGAAUGCUCAUGGCACAAAAUGGAGACUUGGAUACAGAUGAUCCCGAAGCUGGCGGUAGAGCUUAGUGCUUACUCAUCUGGCCGGCUUGUGUGUAUGUCACCUUUUGGUCACGCUUAGCUCCCAUGCUUGUACUUACUGUUGCACUGUCAAGGUGAAAGAGUCGCAUUAGCUGAUCAUGCGAUCUUUACUGCCAAAGCAUCACCUGCUGUGUUACACGACGGCACAUGAUGUAUCUGUAUGUUUUGUAGGUAGCUGUGGAAGGCAUUUGGUCGUAUGCUAGGAAACUGGACGAUAUGCCAUGUGAAUCCUAUUUCAAUGUGCUUACUGCUUGUAAGUUAUGUGGACAGUAUCGAGCCCCAACAAACCUGUGCAGCCUCUGAAAGUCUAGGGGGUGUUCGUUUCCGGGUACCUAAAUUUUAGAGGGGUCACAUCAAAGAGAAUCUUAUCAUUUAGAAGUAUUAAAUAAAGUCUAAUUACAAAA